AUGGCUCGAUCCUUCAAGCCGCACGAGUUACCGGCAAGCUACAACCAUCAGACUUUGGGGAUGCCGACAUGGCCAUACGGGCACCCACCACCUGUGUUACCUAAAGAUUCUGUGGCUUCUGCCAUCAAUUACUUGUUGAGCAGGAUUAUUGUAAGUUUCUUUAAUAUUAAAAAGUGGUAUAUUACCGAAAGAAAUGAUACUUUGGCUAUUUUUUGUAUAAAAUAAGGGUUGAACAUAAUUUCUUGUGUUUAUAUAAUGUCAUUUUAGGCAAUACCAAACCGAUUAGCUCUGCGAAGCUUAGAAAGAAUCUGCAAACGGAUGCAGAGUGAUCCGGCGACGAAAGAUGUUGAACUGAACAAGCUGAUUCAACAUGUAGCCGAUCGGAAUCUUCUUCAAUCACCCUGUAUCAAGGUCAAAAGCACUCGAGAUGGUCGUCUUCAGGUAAGAUUAAACAGGUCUACUUGUUUUUGAUCUUUGAGUAUUGGAAAGUUAUAACAAAAAUAGUAACUUCUAAAGUUUAAAAUUGAUAAAACUGUUGUAAAAAUCAUAUAUGCCACGUGCGUUACAAAAAAAUUGGACGUUCAGUCAAAAACCACCAAUUCUUGUCUAGAUCAGACAAAAAUCGGCAAUUUCUGUCUUUUGUAGACAAACAAUGUUCAUCAUUGUCUAUAAGCCUUAUAGACUAGAAUUCGCGGUUUUUGACUGAACGUCCAAUUUUUUUGUAACGCACGUGGCAUAUAUAAAAGAGUAAGUUUAGGUAGCUGGAGCAAAGUACAAUAUAUUUACCAUCUUGGUCCGUUUAUAUUCGUAUCCCGGAGUUGAACGUGAACAUCUUACUCAAAGCAAACAUCACGAACAUGGAAAUCGAGGAACGGUAAGACAAGCUCAACAUUAAAUUGGCCGAAAAGUUUGUAGUACUGGGUUCUAUUAGCUGUUUUUAAAAUUUUAAAGAUAUUUUGUAAUUUGCAUAGUAAAAUAUGUGCAUAUAUGGUUUAACAGUUCAAAACAGAUUUUUGUUUAAUUUUAAAAAAUUAAGUGUAUUUUUACAGUAUGUGUGCAUAAACCCCGACCAUUUCUCAACUAUGGACUAUCGACCAAUGCCUUUUCGUGUUUCGGUCGAUUACUCUGUAAAGAAACACAAACAUGUCAUGUUAGAAGAGUCUUUGAGAAUGGAAAAUAAUCUCCCUAGAAAACAUGUUGUCACAUCUACUGAUGACAUCAGAAGAAUCGAAUAUUACAGGAGGAAGGCGUUGAUGGAAAAGUCUGCUUGA